AUGAAUCUGACUGAACCUCCUGCCAAUGCAACGCUGCACCAAGCUUUGUCUGUAAUAAUCAAAGUGUGUAUGGUCAUCCCGUUCUUCUUACUCUUCCUUUGCUGCAUUAUUGUCAUUCUGCACAUUUUUGCCUCUUAUAGACAUUUACUGGACACCUCACGCUACAUCCUGUUUGCCCACAUGCUGGUCAAUGACACCCUGCAGCUCCUGACCUCUGUGCUGCUCUUUCUCUUAGUCAUGGGACAGGUGCAUUUUAUUUUUGUCUACUGUGCUCCUCUGUUAGUCUUAGCUACUGUCACUUUUAGGAAUACACCCUUAAUCCUGGCUGCCAUGUCAAUAGAGCGGUAUAUUGCUAUAAUCUAUCCCCUACAGCACCCAGCUGCAUGGCGGUCAGACCGGACCUGGGUUAUUAUGUUGUCUGUUUGGAUUACCAACAGCAUAAUUCUUGUUACCGACUUUUCCAUCGGGGAAAAGAAACCUGCAGAGGAUCUUUUUACUACACCUGUGCUCUGUAAACCUGCUGUCGUCAACUCAUCUCUCAUCCAGAGAGUGUUCUCAGCUGUCAUAGAUGUGCUCAUCUUUGCACUUGUUGCUGUCGUCAUCCUCUUCACCUACGUGAAAAUUCUGCUGGAAACCAGAAAGCUCAAACAGAACAGAAUAUCUGUCAGCAAAGCCAUGCACACUGUGCUGCUGCACGGCAUCCAGCUGCUGCUGUGCAUCCUGGCCUACACCCAACCCAUCACUCAAAGAUUAAUACUGCUCCAUGCCAACUGGUCGCCAGAGGAUAUUUCAUUUUUCAACUUCUUCUGCUUUAUCCUCAUUCCGCGCUUUCUCAGCCCGCUUAUCUAUGGCUUUCGGGAUCAGAGUCUCAUGAGUUAUGUGAGGAAAUCAGUCAGCUGCUGUUCAAACAGUGUCACACCUCACAUCAGAGGCACUCUGCAGAUCAGUACGACAAGUUCCACUGGCUGA